AUGAGUAACAACAAUAAUGAUGAUUGGUUAGCAGAUUUUAAUUUACUUAAUACAUUUAUUCCUGAUUUUGAUGGUGAAAAAAAGAGUAAUUCACUUGAAACAGAACAAAAAAAUGUUCCACAAAAAUCUACAGAAAUGAUGGAAAGAAAUCCAUUUGAAAAUGUACCAUUAACAGAUUUAAAUUGUAAAAAAAAAGUAGAAAAAAAAUCUGACUCAAAUAUUAGUUUGUCUUCAUCAAAUAAUAGUAAAUUGCAAAGAAAAAAAAUACUAUCCCAACCUUCAAUUAAAGCUGAGGAAGCAUCUGUAAUGGCAAUUGAAGAUAGACGUGAUAUUAAAACUAAAUUAAGACAACUAGAUGAAUUUUCAACAUAUAUUCUUGAUAAAGAAAUUGAUGGGUUAAAAAAUGAAUAUAAAAAUGAAAUUGCUACAAUUAUUCCAAAACCUGAUGAAAUAAAAACAUUUCUAAAAUUUGCAAGUUCAAGAAAAAAUAGAAAUUUAACUGCUCCAUGUUAUGAUCAUUCAAGAGUUAUUUUGAAAGAAGAAGUUACAGAUGAAAAUUAUAUUAAUGCUAGUUAUGUAAAUACUCUUGAUGGUAAAAAACGUUAUAUUUGUGCUCAGGCUCCACUUGAUAAUACAGUAGUAGAUUUUUGGAGAAUGAUUAUACAAGAGAAUGUUGAAGUUAUAGUUAUGUUGUGUGAAUUUAUGGAAGAUAAAAAAAAGAAAUGUUCUGAAUAUAUACCACUUAAAUUAAGAUCAUCUUUAUGUUUUGAUAAUAUGGCUGUAUAUCUAAUCAAAAGAGAAAUUAUGGCAAAAGAUAAAAAUGUUGUAGUUAAUCAUUUAUCAGUUAAAAAAGGAAAAAAAGAGUUACUUAUCAAACAUUAUACAUGGAAAAAUUGGCCUAAAAUUGGUUGUCCAAAUGUCUCAUCAACAGCUAUGUAUAUUUAUGCAGCUAUUUAUAAAUCUAAUUAUCCCAUUUUAGUUCAUUGUGCUUCUGGAAUUCGUAGAUCACCUAUAUUUAUUGUAAUUUCUAUGUUUAUGGAUUCUGUAAAUGAAACAAAAAUUGAAAAUGAAAUAUUAUUUAAAUUAGCUAAACAUGUCAGAAUAGCACGAGCUGGUGCAUUGACAUCUGAAAUUGAUUAUAUAUAUAUUUCAAGAGUUCUUCUACAACGUUUCUUAGAUCGUAAGCUUAUUGUACCAUCUCAAAAAAUGCUCGAAUUUUUUGAUGAAUAUGAUCCAGUUUUAAAAAAAGCACAAAAAUCUGAAGCUGAAAAAGCUACUGAAAUGACUAUAGGUCCAAUGCCAAUAUUACCUACUAAUAGUAAAGGAGAAAUAUUACAAAAAAGUAGUGGAAGUCAAUCCAAAGUUUGCGAAAAAAAAAAGUAA